AUGGUCCGGGAGAAGGAAGAGCCCGAGAGAGCCAACAGAGACGAUCUUUCGCCCAGCGCUUUAAGGAGGCAAAAAUAUUUGUUUGAUGUAUCGACUCUCUCAGACAAAGAGGAGCUGGUGGGGGCCGAGCUCCGUCUCUUUCGGAAAGCCGCCGGCGAUCCUUUCUCCAAGGCUCAGACAGGCUUGGCCCGUCUGCAGGUCUCGCCCUGCCUUUCGGGCCGCCGCCUGGACUCCCGGACUCUGGACUUGCAGGAGGCGGCGCCCGUCCGGCCCGGUGGUGGCGGCGGCGACUGGGAGGUGUUUGAUGUCGGGCAAGCUUUGCCGCCCCUCCGCGGGCCCUGGAAGAAGCGGCAGCAGCUUUGCCUGGAGCUGCGGGCCGUCGGGGGGACGCGCUCUCAGCCCCACCCGCAGCUGCUGGACCUGCGGCCCCUAGGCCUGGGGCGAGGCGCCCGAGCCCAGCAGGAGAAGGCCCUGCUGGUGGUCUUCAGCAAGUCCAGGCGGAAGAACCUCUUCGCCGAGCUGCGCCAGGAACCGGGAGCCCGGCCUCUUCCUCCUCUGCCGCACAACGCGGCCGCCCUGCCCUGGGAAGCGGCGGGCCCCGUGCAGCUCCGCUUGCAGGCCCGCCGGAUGAAGCGCGCCGCCUAUAACCACCGGCACGGCAAGCGGCACGGCAAGAAGGCGCGUCUCCGGUGCACCAAGAAGGCGCUGCACGUGAAUUUCAAGGACCUGGGCUGGGAUGACUGGAUCAUCGCUCCGCUCGAGUACGAGGCGUACCACUGCGAGGGCGUGUGCGACUUCCCGCUGCGCUCGCACUUGGAGCCCACCAACCACGCCAUCAUCCAGACCCUCAUGAACUCCAUGGACCCGGCCGCCACGCCGCCCAGCUGCUGCGUGCCGGCCAAGCUGACGCCCAUCAGCAUCCUCUACACCGACGCCGGGAACAACGUGGUGUACAAACAGUACGAGGACAUGGUGGUCGAGUCCUGCGGGUGCAGGUAG